UUUUUUUUUUGUUCCGUUUGCUUUCUUGUUAUUCUCUUGAACAGUAAUCGAGGUUUUUUUUUUCUUUUAAUCCUAAAAGAGUAUAGACGGAUCUAAUCUGAAUAUUUUAAUUGGUUUUAUUUGUAAAAAGAUUGCAAUAUUAAAGCUUUGAUUGCAACAAGAUUUUGGCAGCUGGGUAUCGUUUGAUCUGAAUUAUUGAGAUCUGGGCUGCUUUGUGGAAUUUGUCAUGUUUUAUUUGUUCGAAAGAUUUGAUUUUAUGGUGUUCUUUAAUCUGGUUUUCUCUGCCAAUUGAUGAAUUUUGUUGUUUGAGAAGUCAUUUUGACUAAUUUAGUUUUAAAAUUUAUUGGAAUAUGGUUCUUUUAUUGAUAAUCAGUUGAUCUAGAUUAAUAGUCUUAUUGAAUUUGGAUCAGAAACCGUAAUUGAUGUGGUUUUUCAAAAUGCUUAACUGUGACAGAGGCACUUUUACUGAAUGAAAAUUUCGUUGGGUAAUUGGUAGCAAUGGAAAACCCCGUAUAGUGGUACAAUUCCCCAAGUUUUCUAUUUUAUCACUUGAUAAGUUGUUUGCUAUGUUUGUGUGGUUCUUUUCCGCAGUUUGAAAAUUUCUUCAUUGUAUCUGGGAUUUCGGAUAUAUGGUUAUCCAUUUUUAUCAGUGGAUUGCAGUUGUUGAAGAAAGAAGGAUUUAGAGUGGUUUCGAUAAAAAGGAGGUGCUUCUUUUGCCAUCAAAUCAGUAAGGCAUGGUGGAAGACAGGGUUCGUUUGGUCUCAAGGGAAUAUCCCAGGACCUGUGAAAAAGAAAGCAAUUGGCCUUGUAUGAAUCACCGGCUGGAAAAAAUUGAGUUUCAGCAAGGGAAGCGACCUUUAGAAACAGUCGGAGAGAAAGAAGCGGUUGUCAGAAAGGUGUCUAGGAAUUCGGGAAUCUUUGUAGAUACAUCUUUAUCACUUGGUGGGUUUUUAAUGUCCACUUCUGACCAAUCCAGUAACAAGCGGCAAACAGGAGAAAAUUCUGAUUCGAGUUCUUUGAUUGCUGCUAUUGGUCGUGACAACUCUAUUAGUUGUCUCAUUCGAUCCUCAAGAGCUGAUUACGGUGCCAUUGCAUCUUUAAACAGUAGUUUCCGUUCACUCAUUAGAAGUGGCAAGCUCUAUAGGUGGAGGAGGGAAAAUGGCGUGGUCGAGCACUGGGUUUAUUUCUCCUGUGGGCUUCUCGAAUGGGAAGCAUUUGACCCGAGUCGUCGCCGUUGGAUGCAUUUACCAAGUAUGAGUCCUAAUGGCUGUUUCGUGUUUGCAGAUAAGGAAUCUUUGGCUGUUGGUACUGAGCUUCUUGUUUUUGGAUGGGAUCUCAUGUCUCAUAUAACUUACCGGUAUACUUUGCUGACCAACACGUGGUCGCCUGGAUUAAAUAUGAACGAGCCUAGGUGUUUGUUUGGAUCUGCCAGCCUGGGGGAGAUCGCAAUAUUAGCUGGUGGUUGCAACUCGCGUGGCACUAUCCUCAGUUCUGCAGAGCUCUACAAUUCUGAGUUGGGAAUUUGGAGGACGCUCCCAAGCAUGAACAAACCGAGGAAAAUGUGUUCCGGGGUGUUCAUGGACGGAAAGUUUUAUGUGAUUGGAGGAAUCGGAGGAACCGAGUCAAAGCUUCUUACAUGUGGGGAGGAAUAUAAUUUGGAAACCGAAACUUGGACUGAAAUACCUAACAUGUCCCCAGUGCGGACUAAUGUGUCCAGGGAAUUCAAUCUAUCUGCUUCUUCUGAAGCACCGCCAUUGAUUGCUGUUGUAAAUAAUCAAUUGUAUGCCGCUGAUUAUGCUGACAUGUCACUGAGAAAAUAUGACAAGAAUAAUAAAGUGUGGACUACCGUAGGAAGUUUGCCAGAACGAGCUGAUUCUAUGAAUGGUUGGGGUUUGGCAUUUAGGGCAUGUGGCGAUAAGCUUAUUGUAAUUGGGGGGCCUCGGACUGUCGGUCAAGGAUAUAUUGAAGUCAAUUCGUGGGUUCCAAGUGAUGGUCUGCCACAAUGGGUUUUGCUCGGCAGAAAGCAAUCUGGCAAUUUUGUUUACAAUUGUGCUGUGAUGGGAUGCUGAUCAUUUGUGUUUCGAUGCACUGUCUGUACAUUCAGAUCAGGUGCCUUUCUCUCUGAUGGAUUGAAUCCCAGAUGCACCAGAUUUUCUUGCAAGUUCUAUUUUCAACUUUUUUCUCCCUCUCACUUGGAGGAUGAUCAGAAGGAUUGCCAGAUUUUCUUCAAGAUUCGAUCGACUACUCUCUUUGAGGUCGUCUUGGGUAUAUCUUUUAAAACCAAAUCAAAACUUUCUUUCUUUAAAUUGCCUUCUCCUUUUGAAGUAACAUGGGAAAAUCUCAAACUUGACCUUUGCACAGUAAAGUUGGUUCGAAUAACUUCUAGGGUGAAUACAUUUAUAGGUUUUCAUUGGUUUCUUAUGGAGGUUUAUCUCAUAGAAUUCUGUGAUUUGGUUUUUCAAGUUCUUGAUGUUCUUGGCAUUGUAUGAACGAGGAAAACAAUAAGGCAUGAACAUGUUUAUUGGGAGCAUCGAUCUUUUAUUUCUUUCCAGUUACUCUUUGUAGCUAUAUAGCAGCUUCCAGUUCUCUUUUAUCCCGGCGUUUGAGUAAUGCUGGUACUACGGACUCGAAUUGAUUGCAAUUUUUAAUCUCUAUAAAAGGGAAUUAAAAUUUUCAAGAUUU